UGCAGAGAUGGCUAAAUCAGCUCUUUCACGUUCCAUUCCCCUCCUUUUCCUUCUGCUUUUGUCCCUCAAUUCAGAAGGGCCUCUGAAGCAUGCUAAUGCAAAGGGGAAUAGUAGUUGGUGUGUUGCCAAGCCUUCUUCAAGCGAUGCAGAACUGACAGCAAACAUCAACUUCUCCUGCGAUCAACUGAAAGAUUGCAAGCUGAUACAAGAAGGAGGCCCAUGCUUUUUACCCAACACCCUCAUUCACCAUGCUUCCGUUGUCAUGAAUCUUUACUACAAACAGAUGGGCCAAAACAGCUGGAACUGUGACUUCAUCAGCUCUGCUCUCAUCACUCUCACUGAUCCAAGUAAUGAUUGCUGCACUUAUGCUUAG